CAUAAAAGCGUCACGAAUGAAAAGCAAAUGACUUUUCCAGUUAGUAAACGAUAUAAUAUGUACUUUAAAUCCAAGUCUUUUUUUAAAAAAGAUCCCAUCUGCGGAAUAUUGGGAACAAUUGACGCUUAUUAAUAUAAUAUAUGCAGUCGUCAAUGGUCCAUGUAAUUGUGUAGGCAGUGCUGGAAUGUGUGCUGAAUCGUCACAUCCGUCGGCUGGGAGUUCAGGAAGUUGUCCAGUACAAACUCUGGAGCUUUGACUAUCCGGGACGUGAAUUCAAUCCUGCCAUCACUAAUUACUCGGAAAUAAUAAUGGGCGAGUCUCUCAGAACCCGGCGCAGCUUCUGACCCGAGUCCUGGUUUACUCUCUGUCCCUCUGCACCUCCGCGGUCUUUACUCGAGCUGUUAUGAUGAUAGUCCGUGGUUUGCCGCUGCUUUGUCUCUGUUUCUGGAGUUCGCAGUCCCUUUACCGUGUCCCUCUGAAGAUGAUGAGCGGAAAGUUGGACUCGUCGGUGCUUCUGGAGCUCAGCGCUUUACAGAGGAACCGGAGCGCAUCUGGAGACUCCGGCCUCUCUCUCGCUUCAGACCCUGCUGGCAAUGUCAACUUCUUGAGCAUGGUAGAGAAUUUGGAUGGAGACUCAGGUCGGGGUUAUUACCUGCAAAUGGUUAUCGGGACGCCAGGCCAGAAAUUGAACAUCUUGGUGGACACAGGAAGCAGUAACUUUGCUGUAGCUGCUGCACCACAUCCCUACAUCUCAUCCUACUUCAACAGAGCACUCUCCAGCACGUACAGAACAAGUGGCAAGUCUGUGUCAGUCAAAUACACUCAAGGUGAUUGGCAGGGAGAGCUGGGCUCAGACGUCAUCACGAUCCCUCAAGGUCCCAACGGCACCAUCGAGAUCAACAUCGCUGCUAUCUUAACCUCAGAUGGCUUCUUUCUCCCUGGCAUCAACUGGCAGGGCAUCUUGGGACUGGCAUACCCCUUACUGGCUCGGCCCGACCCAUCGGUGGAGCCCUUUUUCGACUCGCUAGUGAAGCAGACAGGCAUCCCAGAUGUUUUCUCUCUCCAGAUGUGCGGAGCAGGAAUCUCCGCCAGCACCGCCACCAACCCAGCAGAUGGUAGUUUGAUCAUGGGAGGACUCGAGCCAACGCUGUACCGAGGCUCAAUGUGGUAUACACCUGUUCUGCAAGAGUGGUACUACCAAGUGGAGGUCUUGAAACUGGAAGUUGGUGGCAGAAAUCUAAACUUGAACUGCAAAGAGUAUAAUUUCGAUAAAGCCAUUGUGGACAGCGGGACAACAUUACUACGGCUUCCUGUGAAAGUAUUUGAUUCUGUCGUCGAGGCCAUCACACAAAUGUCAAUGAUCCAGGAUUUUUCCUCAGGUUUCUUUUCUGGGACCAAGUUGGCAUGCUGGAUGAAAGGGGAGUCACCAUGGGAAUUCUUCCCUAAAAUCUCAGUCUACCUCAGAGCGACCAACACUAGCCAGUCAUUUUGCCUCACAAUUCUUCCACAGCUCUACAUCCAACUGGUCGCAGACAUAGACGGCACACUGAAUUGUUUCCGGUUUGGCAUCUCCUCCUCCAAGAAUGGGCUGGUGAUCGGUGCAACAGUCAUGGAGGGUUUCUAUGUGGCCUUCGACCGCGCCCAUAAGAGGGUCGGAUUUGCCGUGAGCACAUGCGCUGAGAAGAACGGCGUCCCCGUGGCGGAGAUAACAGGGCCGUUCCUAGCUGACGGUGUGGCAUCGGGUUGUGCAGACGGCCUUCUACUGCAGGAGCCUUUAAUGUGGGUGGUGGCCUACACCCUGAUGGCACUGUGCACAAUGGUACUGCUCAUCCUCAUCGCACUGAUCGUCGUGCCGUGCCGGCGGCGUCAGCACGAGGGGGAAAUCACAGACGAGUCCUCGCUAGUACGAAAUCGCAUCAAAUGAUGCUGUGCCUAAAACUCAGCCCGGAACUGCUCAGGCAUCGGGCUGGGGAGGACACUGAAUGCAGAUUCAUCGGUCGAUCUGUUUAGCGUUGUAUUUGUCAGAUGAAUACUUUAAUUAGACUGCAGCGAGUAUUACUACUCAAGUGAAGUGGGUUUGGGGUUUCGGAAUUUUUCCACCCACCGAAGUGCAAAGGUUUUUUUUUUUUUUGUCAUUGUUUAUCUAACACUAAUGUAAAAUGUCACACAAUUUCCAGUAAUAUGCUCCCGGCUGAUUAUUGGUUAGGAUUGUGUCAGUCGAAUGAAACAUAGGGGAGCAGAACACUGCAGAAGUGCUUGUAGCGUUGCUGCCUCACAUCUCCAGGGGCCUCGGUUUCGAUCGUGAGCUCGACUUUCUGUCUGCAUCGAGUUUUACCUUUCUCCCCUUAUCUGCAUGGGUUUCUUUCUAGCUCCCAAAAAAACAUGACAGGAGGUGGAUUCGGGGCUAAAAAUUGCACCAAGAAGUGAACGUGUGCGCACGGGUCUUUUGAUUGACUGACAUCCUAUACACAGAUUACAGAGUGUUCCCGAGACAUGAUACAGAUCCCACUGUGACCCCAACCAUUAUAUAAACGACUAAAGGACGAGGACUUACUGAUUGAAGAUUAAUAAAUUAAACAUAGGACGUCGUAACGUAAGGACAGUUGCGUGUGUAUUCUAAAAUGCAAGGAUUUGCCAGACAGUGAUUCGUAAUUGUUUUCAUUAUGACUAAUACAAAACGAUGUAUUUAUUUUUAGACGUUUCAUCACAUAUCAGUAAAUGACAGCAAAAUGACAGGUUGCAGCAGUAAAUAAGAAAAGUAAAGUAAAUACAAGGCAUAAUGGUGCCAAAGAAGUACAUGUUGAAUUUAAAAACACCAGAACAUUCGUUAUUAGCCAUUUUUUUAAUGACUGAAAGUUUAUGACUAUAUCCUGCAGGGACUCCGCUUGUUUUCACCUCAUGUGUAGAUAAGUGAUUUUUGCAUCAUACGAGUCUUUGAUUGUAGUAAAAGCAAUAACAUGGACACUGUGCAAAUACGCUAUGCAAACGAUAUAGAUGUUUUUUUUUUAUUAUUAAAAAGAUGUAUAUACUGUAUGAUGCUACGGCUUCUAAUCUAGAACUAGAUUUUAUUACAGAGAAAAAUGAAUUUUUUUUUUUUUUGAAAAAUUAUUUCUAGGAGCUUUUAAUUAUGUUUAAGUAGCAAACACGAGUCUUGGUGAAAGGGUUCUUAAAAUCUUAUUGGAUGUGUGAUGGUUGUAGUAGGUAUACCUCUUUUUACAAGGUGGUAUCGAAAAUUUUCUAGAUUCGUUUUGUAACACACCAACAGAUGGCAGCACAAGGCUGCACGCACAGUCACAGGGAGUCUUGUGUUAAUCAGGAUCUGUGCAGUUGGUGCUAUUCUGACCACGUGCGUUACCACAUCUGCGAUUUUAUCAUGGACGAGACAAACAAACAAAGAGCAAUCGUGAAAGUCUGCCACACGGACGUUUGACACGAUUUGUAACAUUUAUGCCGAUGCUGCAGUGAGUCAUUUAAGGUGUUUCGUGUGGCAUGUGCGCUUCGAGAGGAGAAGAACAUUAGCGGAAGACGACGUGAGAUCAGGAAGACCUUCACCGAGCUCAACCCUCCGAAAAUGUCCAAACCAUUCGUGCAUGAUGAUCGUAAGAGAACGGUCCACAACUGGCAAUCCUCACGUGUAAUCAAAACAUGCGACAUCUUGCUGCCAAGUUUGUCCCCAGGCUGUUGACCCAGGAGCCGAAGGAACAACGCAUAAAAGUAUUCCAAGAACUCGUCCUUCGUGUCAAGCAUCAUUACCGGUGACGUAAUUUGGGUGUAGGGGUACGACCCUGAGCCAAAGCAACAGUCUUUACAGUGGAGGAGCCCAUCAUCUCAUCUCAAAAAAGGCGAAGCAUGACGCAGCUUCACCAAAUGAAUCCUCACCGUCAUUUUCCAUCAUUGAGGGGACAGACAAUAUCGAGUUCUAGGUUUUCAGGCGUCCGAGGGAGGACAUUCGGCGAAAGCGACAGGAUCUGUGGUGCACAGUCUCGAAACGUUUUGAUUUCACCUCGUAUAAGUACAUACAUGCUUUUACUUUGUGUUGUAUUUAAAAGAUCUUCAAUAGAGAGGCAUCACAGAAGAUUUUUGUUAGCUCUUAUUCUGUUUAAUGUUUACGCUUAUUUUUUGUUUUUGAUGUUGUGUUUAAAUGGUGUUCUUAAUCGAUUGUGUGACGAUUGCUAAAUCAUUGAGCAUGAUCAAUCAAAAUGUCACCUUGACAUGAACAAGCAAAUUGUGGCAAGAUCUCGUUAUACCGAACCCACCUUUGGUUAGGUUCGAAUUGACACUGCUUUCAAAUAAACGUUUUAUUCUAAAAUUUC